UCUGCGGGGAGGCCGCCGCGCCGUCGGCUACGCUCUCUCACCACGCCCUACGUUCGCGCUCGCGUCUCGCGGUCGCGGUCAUCUCGCCGCCCGUGUCAAAGCACCCGCUCUCACCCGCACACCACUGCCACCGUGAGCCCGUUAGCCACGCGACCGCGUUCGAUCUCACCGGGCGUAAAUCGCGUGCAGGUCGCGCCGCGCCGCAACACGCACAACAGCCGCCAUAGACACCAUCGCCAGUUUUCGUGCGGGCGACCGUCGCCGUAUCGAUCGGCUACCGCAGCCCUCCAUCUCCACCACAAACAAACGCGGCAGGCCAGGCGGCCAUUUUGAGCGAGCCUGCGCGGUGCACUCCAAGCAGACGAUGCGAAAUUGCCCUUAUUUCGCGACCGAGCGAUGUCCGCGCAUCGCCCGGCCCCUCAACCCACGCUUAGCCGCUAAUAACAAGCGGAGAACUUUUCACCACUCACCGAUUUCCCGUGAGAAUCCGCGAAAUUGUACCACCGUCCACGGAAACACGAACACCAUAUACAUGUAUACGGGUCUGGAAUAACGUGAUUGGCGGCCGCGUUCGGGGUACGCGUCAUGGCGUCCGCUCGAUCGCCGCUCCGAUUGGACCCUGAAACACGUGACUACUGUUCCACCGCGGGUCCUGGAACGAUGUCGCCGUGUCUCAGUCUAACCUAAACUAUACGCCUGAAACCUGCCCGCGAACCAGCCGUGCUCCCGCAUGUUGUUUUGACGUUUCGUCUACGGACCACGUUACUGGUUUGUAGAAAAAAUGUAUCUAAGGCAACUUGGAGUUCGAUUCGCCAGCUCAUCUGCAGCUUCGUGUACAACAAAGUCAGACAAGCUGUUAGACUCGAUUAUAAGAGUAGACCAUGCCGGAGAAUUAGGAGCUGACAGAAUAUAUGCCGGACAGAUGGCUGUUCUAGGCAAGACCGCAGUCGGCCCAACCAUUCAACACAUGUGGGACCAAGAGAAGGUGCAUCGGGCAAAAUUCGAAGACCUGAUUAGAAAAUAUCGCGUGAGACCCACUGUUCUGACUCCCCUUUGGAACAUAGCUGGGUUUGCUCUGGGCGCUGGAACGGCGCUUAUGGGCGAAAAAGCGGCGAUGGCGUGCACCGUGGCCGUCGAAACAGUGAUCACAGAGCAUUACAACGACCAAUUGCGCUCGUUAAUGGAAAGUGGUGAAACCGUGGAUGAAGAAUUGCUGGACACCAUCAAGAAAUUCAGAGACGAAGAGCAAGAACAUCAUGAUACAGGCAUAGAUUACGGCGCCGAACAGGCACCGUUCUACAAUGCCUUAACGAACGUGAUCAAGUGUGGCUGUAAAACAGCCAUAUCGAUAUCUAAAGUGAUAUAAUGUGUUAAAACAGUUUAUUACGUCUCUCGUUAUCAUGUAAUAUCGAAUAAAUCUAGAAUCUUCUGUUA